CUAAAGAGGAGACAGAAACUAAAGAGGUACCAGCCCCCAUGUCUGUCUCCAAGAUCACGCCCACCCUGUUCCUGAGCAGCGCCGACGCGGCCCAGAACAGGGCCUUGGUCUCCCGCAAGGGCAUCACCCUGAUCGUCAACGCCACCCUGGCGCACACCUGCCCCAGCUACCGGGGGGUGGAGUGCCUGCGGGUGCCCGUCUCCGACCUCCCGAGCGCCCCCCUGGGCAACCACUUUGAGAGGGUGGCGCAGCGUAUCCAUAACAACCGGACGGGCAGCACGCUGGUGUACUGCGCGGCUGGCAUGAGCCGCUCGCCCGCCCUGGUCAUGGCCUACCUCAUGCGCUACAAGGGGACCACGCUGCGGGAGGCGCACCGCUGGGUGCAGGACAGCCGGCCCUACGUCCGCCCCAACGCCGGCUUCUGGCGCCAGCUGCUGGACUACGAGAAGCAGCUUUACGGCAAGAACACUGUUAAAGUGGCUCCCUCCCUCGAGCUCGACCCUGGCAGUCAGCCGAGCGCGUUGUCAAUCAACCGGUCGCUGGGUAGAGCCAGAUACUGUAUGUACCAGUGAUGGAGCCCCCUAUUCUACUUCCUGUUCUGGUUGUGAGGCCCCUGUUCUACUUCCUGUUCUGGUUAUGAGACCCCUUUGUACUUCCUGUAUUGGUGCUGAAGCCCCUGUUCUACUUCCUGUAUCGGUGCUGAAACCCCUGUUCUACUUUCUGUGCUGAGCAUGUGCGAGGAGAGCGGGAAAUUACACUCUCAUUCAAGGUUAAGGUUCAAGGUUGCCUGUUUCAUUUUUUAUUUGUAGACCAAGUUUUUUUUUUCUGCUAACGAUCUAGCAUUGGACAUAGUUUUGAACUCUGAAUACUUUCAUAAGUUAUGUUAUUUAACAGGACGGUUUUCUCAGUUUGGCUUUGUUCCUCUGCAGUAUCAACCAGCCAAACAUUUUACUUUUUUUGUCAAAGUUUGGAUUGCAGCAGCAGUGUGUGUUCUUUGGUAUAUUCUAUGAUUAGCUUGUAGGGUUAGGGUUUAGUGAGUGUUAACUGGGUGAUUAAAAGUGUCCAUUCAUUC